AUGAGUGCCAUUCUUUCCGCCGACGACCUUAACGACUUCAUCUCUCCCGGUGUCGCAUGCAUCAAACCCGUCGAAACCCUCCCCGCUGCCCCGCCCCCGCAAUCGCAAUCGCUCGAGACCGAAGUUAUACUUGACGGCCAGCAGGCUGCUACGAAUUCAAAUGCGCCCGCCCAAAUCUCACUCACAGACUGUCUAGCCUGCUCCGGCUGUGUCACAUCUGCCGAAGCUGUCUUGGUGAGCCUCCAGAGCCAUGCCGAAGUUCUCACAACGCUCGAUUCGGCACCAGCUUUGAGGUUGGUAACAGACGACAGCGGCAAGUUCAGAGUUGAAGGCUUGGAAGAUGAGAAUGCGAAGCUCUUUGUUGUUAGUGUGAGCCCUCAAACAAGAGCCAACCUGGCGGCAGCAUGCGGCGGGGGAGUCUCAGAAGCCGAUGCCGGGCACAUGCUAAAUAACCUGUUCCGCGGUCCUGAAGGUAUUGCCAGUGGCGGUAAAUACAAUAACGAGUUCACAUGGGUGGUCGAUACCAAUGCUGCAAGAGAAGCAACACUUGUUCUUGGCGCAGACGAGGUCCUCAACUCUUCGAAAUCCUCGUCCGCAACCCCAGCCAAGCCAAUCCUAGCAUCAUCCUGCCCUGGAUGGGUGUGUUAUGCCGAGAAGACACACCCCCAUGUUUUGCCUCACAUAUCAAAGGUCAAAUCGCCACAGGCCUUGAUGGGUACAUUGCUCAAGACGACACUGAGCAGGACAUUGAACAUAGCCCCCAGUCGUAUUUGGCACUUGGCUGUGAUGCCCUGCUUCGAUAAGAAGCUUGAAGCCAGUCGAGAGGAGUUGACCGAGGAGGUCUGGGCUGAGGGAGAGAUUCGGGGACGAGGAGUUCGCGAUGUUGACUGUGUUAUCACAAGCAAGGAAAUUCUUAUGCUCGCCGAGUCGAGGGGCCUCGAUUUCUUCAGCAUACCCAAAAUCCCACUACCCAGCCAUAGGUCGAUACCAUUCCCCGAUCCUAAACUCCACGAUUUCAUAUUUCCCCGGCGAAACCCAAGAAACCUCCCACGUGAGGCCGGUACAUCGGGUGGUUUGUUAUAUCAUAUCCUCAAAAGCCGAGCGGCACAGACCCCUGGUGCAGAAGUGGUACAUACUCGCGGUCGCAACGUCGAUGUUGCUGAGUACACAGUGGUGGUCAACGGCGAGCCGGUCUUUCGUGCUGCUCGUUAUUAUGGUUUCAGAAAUAUUCAGAAUCUUGUUCGGAGAUUAAAGCCAGCCAGGCCCUCUCGAAUGCCUGGUGGCAAGCCUUUUGGGAGUGCUCGAAAACCUGCGGGCAAGGCAGCCUCCCUGGAGUAUAGCUACGUGGAAGUUAUGGCCUGCCCCGGGGGCUGUACCAACGGUGGUGGUCAGAUCAAAGUCGACGACCCUGUUGUUAUAGAGAGAAAGAAGUAUUCCGGAAACCCUGGUCCUCAAGAGCAAAAGCUUUGGCUGUCAGAGGUUGACGAGGCCUACUUCUCGGGAGAUGAGGCAGGCGCUGAAGUGAAUGGGUCUGCUGAGGUUGUAGGAGGUAUUUCCCAUUCUUACAUAAAUGAUACCCUGGCGCACUGGGCGGAAGUUACAAGCAUUGGACUAGAUGGACUGGCGUUUACGACGUAUCGUGAGGUGAUUAGCGACGUUGGAAAGGACACCACCACAGAUGAGACGGUGGUGCAGCUCGCUGGAAAGAUUGGUGGUGGAUGGUAG